UCCUCGUCCAGAAUUAAGGCGUUGCUAUCGUUCAGGUGGUUGUCUGCAUUGCGCUUCAUCUGGCUGAUUAUCAGGUUAACUCGCCCCGUAAUUCUGAAAAGAAGGCAUUGAAAAAUAGAGACUUAUUAGGGUUUACAGAAUAAAUACACCACAAAAUCGAAUCUAAAUUUAAAUGGAUCUAUUGUGCAUCGAUGCUGUGAGCUAUGACCACUCUACCAGUUCCCAUUACGCGAAGACAUCAAAUCAAAACCUGGGAGCUCCAGUUGGACCAGGAAAUGCUCUGCCCAUUACCAAUAUACCCAGCGUGACGAGUGUCAUCAAUCUGUGCAACAAGCCGAUCUGCGAUGACGCCGACAUGCAGUGCAUCGUCGACCUGGUCGAUGGCACUAUCUGCGAAGCUCUAACCAUAAUUGAGUCGGAUCCGCGGGGUCUCUUUUGUUACAGAUUCCCCAAGCGGAUGAAAAUGUCCUCCAUCAGCAUGGUCUCCUCAACCUACACGGACACAGUUGUGGCCAGCGGAGAGGACGAUGGCUCGAUCACGAAUCACAACACAGGUUAUCUGGGUGUUUCGCAGACUGGAUCUGGUUCCAGUGGCCUAACGCGCAAGAUGCUGACCAUCGCGGAUUUCGAGUACUCCAAUGCCAUCGCGGACAUUAGGGAUUUCGUCAGCCGCUGGGAACUGUCGCCGGACACCAAGUGCGUGGUCAUCAGCAAUCCCAUUCGCCACGAGGUUCCCAUCAAGGGAACCAUUCUGUUUGUGGAUGCCCAUUUCUCCAGGCCAACGCCGCGGUGUCCCAAUCCUCUGGCGGUGGCCAAGGUGCGUUUCAUCAUUACCGUCUCCAAGGUUCUACUCCGUCACUAUCCAGUGAUGAUCACCUACCGCUUUGAGGGCUACAAUACGCUGUACUAUGGCUUAGGCGAUCGCUGCCUUAAUUCAUUCACCUUUCAGCGCUUCUUCAUCGACACCAUUUUGCACACCAAGCUUACCUUCUUCGCUGCGAUCUCCGAGUGCCGUCACGGCACCAUUGAGAAGCCCAAGCAUAAUAUCAAGUUUAAGCAUCCCAAGAAGUCGGACAAUUGACUUUUUAAAAUGUUUUGAAUCUGCAUAACUUCAAAAGUCACGGAGUUAUACUAAUAUAAAUGCACAAUUUCAAUCUAAUUAAAAAUCAAAAUAAAACAAUUUACUGAAAUAUGUA